UGUGUGGGCAUGGAAAAAGUAUAGCCUAGCCGUGCUUCCUCUCAUCGUCGAAUAAGGUGCUACUGAACGGUCAGACCAUGUUACCGGACGGGAGUUAGAUUUGUCUCUCCAACACUUCCCACAGGCUAUAUUAUAUAGUCGUUCACCGUCUGCGUCUCGCUGCAGCUGUGACUUCUCAAUGGUGUUCAUUGUAGCGACAACACGUAGUUGGAGCUAGGGUGCCGCGCGGUUAUUGCGAUCACGUUGAGCGCGCCGCUGUCUGGCAGUGGCAUCGUCCCGACCGUGUGCGAGAGAGGAAGACAUCAAACGACCAUAAUGAUAUAAGAUGUUACAGCAGCGCAGCUUUCUCAAGACUUCGACUGUGGCAGUUGCGUUUACUAUGUCUUGGAUUCCCUUUUGGACAUUUGGAUGUGAUUGCGUAUUCUGUUUGGGUGCGUUCUGGAGCGCGAGGAAAAGGCUUCCAUUAUCAGCCGCAGGUCUAAAGGACACCAUUCCACGGUCGUAGCCGUAUUCUGGCGCUUUGGCAAGAAACCAAGUGGCCAAGAAACCACACCCGCCUACGCUUGUCUGCCAUAGGAAACACUCAAUAGUUUAACAGACAGUCACUUCGGUUAAAACCCUCAAGUUACCCUGUGGAGGGUUUAUUUUCACACAAACAUUAUUUAGUAUAUUUUGAUUUUUUUCUUUUUUUCUCAAAGAUGAGACUGAACCGUCCCACCAUGUGGAGUGCGGUUAGCGUGUUCACUGCACUGUUUAUACCCAUUUGGGAGAUGGGCUGCUCCGCCCUGACCCUUAAUUCAGUGCCCCUGCCUGGAGUCGGGACAUACCAAAGGAGCAGCGAAGGGGGGGGACACCAAAGACAGAGGCGCAGCUGGGUGUGGAACCAGUUCUUCGUGCUGGAGGAGUACACGGGCGAUGAGCCACUUUACGUGGGCAAGCUGCACUCCGACGUGGACAAGGGUGAAGGACGGGUGAAGUACGUACUCAACGGCGAGGGGGCCACCUCCAUCUUCACCAUCGACGAGAACACGGGUGACAUCCACGCCACCAAGCGCCUGGACCGGGAGGAGCAGCCCUACUACACCCUCAGGGCCCAGGCCCGAAGCCGCGAGACCGACCUGCCAGUGGAGCCGGAGUCCGAGUUCGUCAUCAAGGUCCAGGACAUUAACGACAACGAGCCCAAGUUCCUGGACGGGCCGUACUCCGCCCGGGUCCCAGAGAUGUCCCCAGUGGGCACAUCUGUGGUGACGGUCGUGGCGACAGAUGCGGACGACCCCACGUAUGGGAACAGUGCCCGGGUGGUGUACAGUAUCCUCGAGGGACAGCCCUACUUCUCCGUAGAACCAAGGACUGGCGUGGUCAAGACAGCUCUGCCCAACAUGGACCGCGAGGCACGUGAUCAGUACCUGUUGGUGAUACAGGCCAAGGACAUGGUCGGUCAGAUGGGAGGCCUCUCUGGAACCACCUCUGUCACGGUGACACUUUCUGAUGUCAACGACAACCCACCCGAGUUCUCUCGCAAAAAUUAUCAGUUCAGCGUGCCAGAGUCCCUGCCGGUGGCCACGUUGGUGGCCAAGAUAAGGGCGUUGGACUUGGACAUUGGGCCCAACGCCGAGAUGGAGUACCGGGUUCUGGACGGAGACGGUCUGGGGAUGUUCCGAAUCACCACUGACAGCGACACGCAGGAGGGCCUCAUCACCCUGCAGAAGGGCCUGGACUUUGAAACCAAAUCGAGCUACACCCUGCGUGUCAAAGCGUCCAACAGGAACAUCGACCGGCGGUUCCACUCCGUGGAUUCUUUCAGCGACACGGCGACCGUGCACCUGAACGUGGAGAACGUGGAUGAGCCGCCGGUCUUCAUCUCACCGCUCACCAAGAUCGUGGUCUCUGAGGCGGCCAAGGUGGGCACCAGUAUUGGGACUGUCUCCGCUCACGAUCCAGACUCCACCAACAGUCCCAUCAGGUACUCCAUUGACCGAAACACCGACUUGGAGCGCUUCUUCAACAUAGAUGCUGCCUCUGGUAUCAUCACUAACGCCAAGUCGCUCGACAGGGAAGUCAACGCUGUACAUAACAUCACCAUCUUUGCCACGGAGAGCUUGGACCCAUUACAAGUCGGCAAGGGUGUGGUUCUGAUCAAAGUAACUGACAUCAACGACAACGCGCCGGUCUUCGCCAUCGAGUACGAGACCUACCUUUGUGAGAGCGCCAGGCCAGGACAGGUCAUAGAGACCAUCAGUGCUGUGGACAGAGACGAGCCUCAGAGCGGCCAUCGCUUCUUCUUUUCCCUCACCGCCGAGGCAGCUGGGAACCUGAACUUCACCCUCAGAGACAACAAAGACAACACCGCCUCUGUGCUGACCAAGCGAGGGGGUUUCCAGCGUCGCGACCAGACCGUCUACCGCCUGCCUGUCCUCAUCAUGGACAGCGGGAGCCCGGCCCUGAGCAGCACCAACACUCUGUCCAUCCGGGUGUGCAACUGCGAAGCGGACGGGAGCCCGCGGGCGUGCGGGACCGAGGCCGCCAUGCUCUCCGCGGGCCUGAGCACUGGCGCCCUCAUCGCCAUCCUUGCCUGCAUCCUCACACUUCUAGUGAUGGUCCUGCUGAUUGUCACCAUGCGACGGAGAAAGAAGGAGCCCCUGAUCCUGGACGAGGAGCGCGACGUGCGCGAGAACAUUGUGCGCUACGACGACGAGGGUGGUGGCGAGGAGGACACGGAGGCCUUUGAUAUGGUCGCCCUGCGCAACCUCAACGUGGUCCGCGAGAGCAGCAACGUGACCCGCCGCGACGUGACACCGGAACUGCCCUCACUUUUCCCACCGUCCCGGCUGCCGCCGUCCUACAAGAUGGCACUGGUGCCGCCGGACAACGGCAUCUUCCGCGAGUUCAUCUGGGACCGGCUGAAGGAGGCCGACGUGGACCCGUCGGCGCCGCCCUACGACUCCCUGCAGACAUACGCCUUCGAGGGCAGCGGCUCGGCCGCGGAGUCCCUGAGCUCGCUGGAUUCUCUGAGCACGGACUCAGAGCAGAACUACGACUACCUCAGCGACUGGGGGCCACGCUUCAAGAAGCUGGCGGACCUCUACGGCGACGGCCACGGCGGCGGCGGCAACCUCUUUGCAUCCUAGCCUCUUCGGUCGAUGACGACAGAAACCGCUUUGGCGCGGAAAGCAACCCGAACGAGGAAAUGGGAAAGGGAGUUUGAGGUGUCCAAUAAAGGAUGCUCUGAGAGGACAUUUGAUUGGUGUGUUCAAACGCAUCGACAGGAAUGGUGGUUUUUCCAAUCAAUUUUCCGUGGUGGUGGGGGUGGGGUGGGGGAUGGGGGACGACACUUGGGAUGCUGGCUGGAUUUUUCAAAAUAAGGACUCUGGGAGAUGUUGUUAACUUUAUUUAAAUUUAUGGAAAUUAUCUAAAGCUGGGGGAACAUCCUUUGGACGGACAUCAGCGCAGAAACGUCCAGUCUCUCACCUGUCACAUUGUUGUUAGAACGGGAACAAAUAUCUAUGCUUCAGUGUUGUAACAACAGUGACAUAACAGUGUUUUCCUUCGCAGGGUUCAUCUGUAACAUUGUUUUGAAUGGAUAUUUAUUGAAAAAAUUCUCUGUUUCUUUACAAAACACGGUAACAUAUCGGUCUUGCUGGAGAUGGUUUUCGACACUGUUGUAUUUUAUCAAUUAAGACUUAAUCUUAGUGUUUAUUCAGCAGGGCUUACCGUAAAGGAAAUGGUUUUAAACAGAAAAAUUCAUAUUUCUUAUUGGACAAGUGCAGCUGGUCUUUACCCCUUCUCUUCCAAUUGGUGCCUAACGAACACGGCCAUGAUCUCUCAACCAUCUGGAGGAUCGUAAAUACCACAUUCAUUUAAGCAAAAAGGCCCAAAGGGUUGUGAUAUAGCCAAUAAGUCCCAACUAAGAGCUGUUCUUAGCCAUGACCCAACGCUUACAUACUAGAUACAGCAAUUAGUUGUGGUACAUUGGCCAUUUACCACAAACCCACAAGGUGCCUUACUGCUAUUAUGAACUGGCUACCUUAUAUCCGUCAUAUAAGGUCUCAUUUGCCACAUCUUUUAGCCAAUCAGCAUUCACCGCUGUAAACUACCCUGUCCGUAACAAUAUCGAGACACCUGUGAGGGUUGUUCCCUGUCACACUCAGGUUCUGAAUCAGCAUGCUUAAAGGUGCAUAGUGCUUCGGGAGGAUUUAGGCCUGACUGCAUGGCGCUAAGCUAACACACCUCUCACAUCUGUCCAUUUACACACAGCUUGAUGCCAGGUAUCAACACAGCCCACUUAUGAUAUUUAGUUCAGUGAUGGUUUUAUUUUGACCAAUCACGUCAGAUCUUUUCACAGUGGACUUUUUUCUUCAGUGUAGAACACAGGGCUGCCGACGUAAAGACCAACUGAGCGGUGUUAUAACGUCCCUGGGUACGAGGGGCUAUUGAUGUCUGCUAACAAUGGUACAGAUAAGGUAUCGGAUGCCGGGGAAGCCUAUAUGGGACAAAGACACUUCGGUCCAGUAACGAUGACCCAAGUGCAAAGAGCAAAACGCAAUUGUGGACAUCGGUGGUUAAGGCAGUGUAUCGGUCGUCUACAGUACACGGUUGGCCAAGCAGUCGUGACGUUUGUUUGACAUGUGAGGCUAUGGCGUGGUUAUGACAUGGGUCCACGCCUGUUUGUCAGUUCUUGUACUUUUCUUUCACAGAAAGACGGCAGUAGCAGCAAUGGCAACAGGAAUAUGUUUUGAUCAGGGGUACUGAUAGUGAUUGAACGCAUGGUGGAAUUGAAAGUCUCGCAAAUACACAUGGUCAUGCAGAGAUAGCAGUGUGUUAAAGGAAAUUUACAGGAAAGCGAUGGCCACCAGUUCAAGGAGAAUGAUAGACAAUACAGUCCACAUGCAUGUUCCCCAGCUAGUCAUAUUUUGUCUUAUGUUAAAUCUCAUACAAACCUUGAGUGAUAAUCACCUAUUUUGAGUUGAUUGUAAACUUAUAAUGUUGUUUUAUAAAAUACACUAACGUUGAAAUGUUUGGGGUCACUUAGAAAUGUCCUUGUUUACCAAGAAAACAUACAUGAAAUGAGUUUCAAUAGGAAAUAUAGCAAAAUGAAUAAAAAUGUGUGUUUCUCAAACUAGACACUCAUGUAUUUGUCUACUUGCUUAGUUGUCCACUCCUCUUUCUACACAGAGAGAUCUUCAGUUUCUUGGCAAUUUAUGACUUGGAAUAGCCUUAAAUUCUCAGAACAUGAAUAGACUGACAAGUUUCACAAGGAAGGUAUUUGUUUCUUGCCUUUUUGAACCUGUAAUCGAACUCACAAUUGCUGAUGCUUCAGAUACUCAACCAGUCUAAAGGCCAGUUUUAUUGCUUCUUCAAUCAGUACAACAGUUUUCAGCUGUGCUAACAUAACUGCGAUAGGGUUUUCUAAUGAUCAAUUAGUCUUUUAAAUAUAUGAACUUGGAUUAGCAAACAAAACUUGCCCUUAGAACACAGGGGUGAUGGUUGAUGAUAAUGGGCCUCUGUACGCCUUUGUAGAUAUUCAAUAAAAAAUCUGCUCCAAUAGUCAUUUACAACUUUAACAAUGUCUACACUGUAUUUCUGAUCAAUUUGAGGUUAUUUUAAUGGAGAAAAUAAUUAUAUGAAAUAUCUAAGUGACCCCAAACUUUUGAACAGUAGUGCAAGUAACAAUUUAUCACAGUGUGGGAUUUAAGUGUUACUGCCAGACGUUUGGGUGAUAUGUGCCUUUACUUUAUCCAUCCACAGUGUAGUAUACCACUAAUAUACACCUUUAGAGAAUUCUUAUCUGUUAAAAACCACUUUAAAAUAUACCUUUUCAAAAAAUGCAUUUAGGCCAAUUGCUACUAUAACUGGUUAUUAAGUCAUUUAACUUCCAAAGCCCUGGUAUUAAUGACUGAGGUUAUUUUUCUUUGAAAGGGCUGUUGUCAUUAAGUAAACACAAUUAUUCCUUAACUGGUUUGCUAAAUGGAAUUUAAAGGGCAAUCAAAAUCUCGUUAGGCCUGGCUCAAAGUUCAUAUAAAUAUAUUUUUAAUCACACAAAUUGCCCAAGAUCUGCUGUAAGCACUUGGAUGUGACUUGGGGUGAGAGGCUACGCUUUACCACACAAAUGAAUGCAUACAGAAGGAUACACCUACACCCACAUAUUGAAACCUAUAUCAAUAAUAUUAUGUUUUAUAAUCACUGGAAGUUUAAAACCAUGAAGCUUUUAGCAACCUUCGAUUCUUAUACUCAGUUGUUAGACGUUUGGUGAAAGUGGAGACUUGACAGGAUGUGAAUGUCUUCAUGUAGAUGUAAAGAUGGAUUAGUAGUUGUGGAGAACAUGCUGAGGUACUAUUGGCAAAUAUAGUCACAGGUUUAAUUGAUCGGAUGUGUAGUCAUUUUCUGUUAACGGCAGUGCAUAUUGUAAAGCCGUCCCCUGAAAGUGAUCUUUUAUCAUUAUCCCUCGUGGAUAUUUAUGACCCAAAAAGUAUACAAUAUGGUGUGCUUUAGCUUCUUGUUUCAUUUUUAAUUCUCUUGCAUUUUAUUUAAUGUAACCAAAUUUGUGAUUAUUCGUUGUGUUUUUAUUUUAACGAAACACUGUACAUGUCAACGCGAGACAAAGCGCUCUGCUUGUUUUCACUCUGACCUAGGGACUAUUGACAUUUGGCGAAUCUCAAAGUGGCCUUUGCUGUUAUGGGGGGAGAAAAUGGACAGCAGAUGUUAAGUGACCGAUACAGUCUCCAUGUCCACAUAGGCCGAAGAAACCCUGAAACCCAGUACGACUCGACACCACUCUGCAGAAAACCUCUGCUGUAGGGUCUCCGGCCCGACCAGUCCUGUUUAUUUGUACAUAGAAAGAAAGAGGAAAAAAAGUAUCCUCUUUUUUUGUAAACGACAUGCCAACAAUAGCACUUGACUAUAAGUCACCUGUGUAACU